UUUCCCUCAAUUUUGUGUAAGAUGCAUUUUUUAUUUUGACCUGUGUUUUUAUUUUAGUGUCUCUUUAAUAUCUUCCCCACUUCCUUGUUGGACUUUAUCGGUCAAUCUGCGUUGAAAGAAUUGUAUGUCGUACAAUUUGAACCUGUUUGUUAAAAUGGCCGUUAUCUUUUUCAAUCUGCGAGAAUAUCCAUCCUUUUUUUUACUGCUUGUCCCUUACGGGGUCGCAGGUUGUGCUGGAGCCGAUCUCAGCUGCAUACAUAUGUUUAUUAGGACUUGUGUGCAGACUUUACUAAUACAGUACAGUACUGUUCACGUAAUGGGUAAACAGCAUCUGUAAACAAGAAUAAUACUACACCCUAUUGACCAAAACUGGUAUUGCGUUUUUUUGCUUUCAAGGAAUACGCCAAAUGGGGUUGUACAGUAUUAGGAAUUGCAAUAAUUAGAAACCACAUUCAAACCGAUUUUUUUUUUACUAAUGUUAUUCAUCUAAUUAAUAUUCAAUUGUCAUUUGAGGACCCUUCAAAUAAUCGGGGGCAGUGGGCGUGACUACGAAAAUCAGCAUCAAACGGAAGUGGAUAAUGUUGGGGAUCACUCAUCUGAUUGGACGCUUUUGUUAUUUCAAACAGAGGUGUCCCUCUCCUUUUUGGUCACCAAGGAACCCCACGUGGAGCAGUCAUGUUACAGUGCAGUAUUGUGGCCCCUUCUGUGUGGACUUGGAGUAGAAUGGGGGACAUAGUGUGUGGCAAAUAAGGCACCUAGGAAAGAUGGCACAGGCUCCUCAGGGGCAUGAGAAGCCCAGCUGGCCUAGAGAAGAGCUGAGCUGCCUCCUGGUCGGGGAUGGAGCUGUGGGGAAGACAAGCAUGAUCAUCAGCUACAUCUUUAAUGGAUACAACAGCGAGUACAGGCAGACUGCUUUUGACGUGUUUACAGGAUUGGUUCAUGUGAAUGGAGUCCAAACACGGCUCAAACUGAUAGAUACAGCUGGACAGGAGGAGUUUGGGCAUCUUCGCUCCUUGUGCUACGCCCAUGUGGACGUCUUCAUCCUGUGCUUCAGCCUCAUCAAUCCUGUCUCUUUUGACAACGUCACGUCCAAGUGGAUCCCGCAGAUCCGUGCAGGGAACUCGACCUCUCCCAUUAUUCUGGUGGGGACCCAGUCUGACCUUCGCCACAAUGUGGACGUCCUCAUUCAUUUGAACCAACUCCGCGCUAAACCAGUGGGCCAAAGCGAGGUCAAGAGGUUGGCACGCCGCAUCCGAGCUCAUGACUACAUGGAGUGUUCAGCUCUGACCCAGCACCACCUCAAAGAUGUGUUUGACUGUGCCAUCUUUGCUGCCAUCAAGCAAAAACACAAUAGUGCAAAAAGCCAAAAGCUGAGUUUGAAACACUGUUUUAAGACUUUUUGUGAAUGUGGAUGGAGGAAAAUUAUCCAAUUAAUGUGAGGUGAUUGUUUUUUCUACAUUACGUUUACCUUACUUUCUCUUUCUGGUUUUCCUAAAACUCCUGUUUUGUUUGUUGUUAUCUGUGUUUGUGUGUGUGUUUGUGCCAAACUCUGUAAU